CAACAUUACAUUGAGUAGAGGCAGCUUUGGAUUUAACUUAUUUAUUGUUUUAUAUAACCAACCGAAGUUUAAUCGUGGCUUGUCGCCAGCGGCGGCGGACAAUGGUCAUGAUGGAUCAACUUUGCGAAAUGGAUUGCAGCGUAUUGAAAAGGUUGAUGAAGGACGACAGCGAGAAGUGUCUAGUCUUGGACUGCAGAUCAUUUCUAGCUUUUAGCGCUGGACAUAUCAGAGGUGCCGUGAACAUUCGGUGCAAUACCAUCGUUCGAAGACGAGCGAAAGGCUCAGUCAGUUUGGAUCAGAUUCUGUCGGGGGACGAAGAAGUGAAAUCCAAGCUAAUGUCAGGGAUGUACUCCGCCGUUAUCCUGUAUGACGAGCGUACUUCCGAUACAGACACUAUUAAAGACGACAGCACAAUCACCCUGGUGAUUAAUGCUUUGUGCAGGGACACAUUUAGGACAGAAGUCUAUCUGCUGAAAGGUGGCUUCGAUAGAUUUUUCUCACAAUAUCCAGACUACUGUAUAAAAACCAAAACACUGUCCAUGACUUCUACUCAGCCCAGUGCGGAGUCCAGCUGCACGUCCUGUGGAACCCCCCAGCACGACCAGGGUGGACCUGUGGAGAUUCUCCCCUUCCUAUUCCUUGGUAGUGCGCUUCAUGCUUCUAAAAAACAAAUGUUGGACGGCAUGGGUAUCUCUGCUUUACUGAACGUGUCUUCGAACUGUCCCAACCACUUUGAGGGUGCUUACCUGUACAAAUGCAUCCCAGUUGAGGACAACCACAAAGAGGACAUCAGCUCCUGGUUCACUGAAGCCAUUGAAUUCAUAGACUCCGUGAAAGACUCAAACGGGCGCGUGCUGGUGCACUGUCAGGCUGGCAUUUCCCGCUCGGCCACCAUCUGCCUGGCCUACCUGAUGAAGAAGAAGCGCGUGCGCCUGGACGAGGCCUUCGAGUUUGUCAAGCAGCGCCGCAGCAUCAUCUCGCCCAACUUCAGCUUUAUGGGUCAACUCCUGCAGUUCGAGUCACAGGUGCUGGCCACCUCAUGCUCGGUGGAGGCUGCCAGCCCUUCAGCCUCACUGGGAGCGGAGUCUUCCUCGUCGCCGGGCACGCCCUACAUUUUCAGUUUCCCAGUGUCGGUAGGGCCGCACGGGCAGCCGGGCAGCCUCUCCUACCUGCAGAGCCCCAUCACCACAUCGCCCAGCUGCUGAGGAUGUGCCCCUCUCCCCAGCUAGGGGGUUCAGUGUUGCCUGCAGACUGAAUGCAGAGGGCGAGUAGCCACACUGAGAUCUCAUUGAUCAACACAUGCGAAGGAUCCCUGAUUUGUUUAGGGUGUUCACGGGGGGUGGGAGGUGACAAGAAUCACCCAAAAGACUAGAAUGUGUUUAAGGCUGGUACAUGUUUGAGUGUGGAGAGGGAGAGGAGGUUGUUCCCCAUGUCAUCAUUGAGAAAUGCUGAUUUUAACUGGUAGUGGAAUGUCAGAAGAGUGAAAAUGUACUACCCCUUGAGGUCAGAGCACCUCUUUGAUUUGCUGAGGGUUCUUCCAAAGCUCUGCUACAUGAAAGGUGCAUUUGGUCUGACGCCAGUCGUAGGACCUGGGACACAUGUCAGCCCCCCCCC